UUUUGUGGGCCGGGCGUGUCCGUCAAUCCUGGUCAAUAAAAAGUCACCAAUCAAUGAAAUCCAAUUUAGCGAGAGUUCUUCUCCGAUUGAACUGAAGCAGAACAGACCGACGCAACCAACGAACCACCGGAAAAGUAAUCUAAACAGAAACAGCAACAGUAGCAGCUGAAGAAGACGAGAAAAUGGCGGAAGAAGAAGAGUCGGUGACAGAAACCCCCCAAGUAGUGAUCUCGCCGUCAGAUCCAUCCUCAUCGUCGUCAUCAUCUCUUUUAAGGAACGUUUCUUUUAGCCGUCUCAACGCUCAGGCGCCAGAGUUUGUGCCCACCCCACGCCUAUUAGUACCGCCGCCUCCUCCUCCUCCGCUACAUCAUCAUCUUCUUUACUCACCACCACCACCACAUCAUCAUCCUCAUCAUCAUCAGGUGGUUCACUACCGCUCUCAUCAUCAAUAUCCUCCUCAAGAAGUUGAGCAGCCAGAGCAUACUUCUUCUUCCAAAACCAAACCUCAUUCCGAUGAACAACCUCAUCACAAAAUUUUGAAACAGGUGGAGUAUUAUUUCAGCGAUUUAAACUUGGCUACCACCGAUCAUUUGAUGAGGUUCAUCAACAAAGACCCAGAAGGUUUUGUGCCAAUAUCUGUUGUUGCAUCUUUCAAGAAGAUUAAGGCCCUGAUAACCAGCCACUCCCAACUUGCAAAUGUUUUGAGGAACUCAUCAAAGCUUGUAGUUAGUGAAGAUGGGAAGAAAAUAAAACGCCAGUAUUCCCCAACCGAGUCUGAUAUUGAAGAGCUACAAUCUCGCAUUGUUAUAGCUGAAAACCUACCCGAGGAUCAUUGUCAUCAGAAUCUUAUGAAGGUUUUUUCUGCUGUUGGGAGUGUGAAGACUAUCCGUACCUGUCCGCCUCAAACUUCCAAUAAUGGAACUUCGUCUGCUUCUAGAUCAGGAAAAGUUGAUGGCAUACCGUUACAUAACAAGUUGCAUGCAUUUGUUGAAUAUGAAUCUGUUGAGCUGGCCGAGAGAGCGGUCACUGAGCUAAAUGAUGAGGGGAACUGGCGGAGCGGACUCCGGGUUCGUCUAAUGCUUAGACGCACGUCAAAACCUACUCCUGGACGGGGAAGGAAGGGUCUUGAUGUUGAAGUUAGCUGUGAGGAGGAUUAUACUUCUGUCCCUGAGCCACAGACAAAUGAGAAAGAAUUAGAGGAUGCUUCCUUUCCUGAUGCUCAGUUGCACGAACAUGCGCAGGGAGAAGAGCAUGGUUAUGAGAAAGAGAGUGGACAGAGGAAGGGAGGGCGUGGUCGGGGGCGGACUAAGGGACGUGGCCGAGUUCAUUGUCAUCAAAAUAAUAAUCGUGCAAAUCAUCACCUGGGAACUUCCCCUUCAAAUAGUUCAUUUUUUACUGAUCAACAAGUGGUUGCUGCCAAGCAACCUCCUCCGGGGCCCCGCAUGCCAAAUGGUACAAGAGGAUUUUCAAUGGGUCGGGGGAAGCCUGUAGCUGUUAAUAUAGCAUGAUAAUUUUGUUUACUCAAAUGCAUGAAAACACGUCAACGCUGGAACGGUGAUGAUAUAUAGUGUACUAGUACGAGGGUGCGGGCAAUUCUCAAACAUUUAUUUUCCUUUUAAAUAUGGUCGGUCUUCUUUUCCUUUGACAUCA